UUUGUUUUUUUUUUUAAUUAUGUGGGAUAAAAUAUUAAAUCAAAUUUCUCGUGUGAAUAAAGUUUUACAAAGCUCAACUAUUACCAUUGGUCAGGCCUCAAAAAUGUUUAUUUCAUUAAAUACUUUUCUUCAAGAAAUGCGUGACAGUGGAACUGAAGAAAUUAAAACCGAAACGAUAAGCAUUUGUGAAAAAUUUAGUAUAAAAUCAGAAUUCAAAAUAAAACGAAAAAUAAAAAUUAAAAUCACAAGUGGAGGGAGGUCAACAAGUGAAGGUUUUUCUGCCGAUCAAUUAUUAACAUUAGAAUAUUACAAAGUUCUUGAUAAUAUGAUAGCUGAAAUUAAAUGGCGUUUUGAAAAAUUAUCCAUUAUUUCUAAUGAUUUUGAAUUUCUUUCCGGCCAUUCACUAUUUGAAACGCCUGUUGAAAUGAUGAAAAAAUGUGCAGCUGACUUGGCAAUAAAAUACGAUGAAGAUAUAGGUCCAGAAAUCAUUAACGAAAUAGAAUUUUUUAAAUAUCAAGCAAAAGUAAUACUACCAGAUGUGCAAAAUGCUACUUUUUUAAAUAUUUUAAAUGCAAUAAAAUCAUGUAGACUUGACUCAACAUGUCCAAACAUGGUGAUUGCAUUCAGAUUGUACCUUACCAUGCCUGUUACUGUGGCAACUGGAGAACGUUUCUUCAGUAAGUUAAAAUUAAUCAAGACAUACUUACGAUCGACCAUGUCCCAAGAAAGACUAACUAACUCGGCAAUAUUAUCAAUAGAAAAUAAAACAACACAAAAAAUCGACUUUGAAGAUGUUAUUGAAGAUUUUGCUUCAAUCAAGUCCAGAAAAAUUAAAUUUUAAAUAAUACAAUAACAAUA